GCAAAUGAGACGUGAGAGUAUUGAGGAUAUUCCGAUAUUCCAAAAACUGUAGCAGCGACAAUGAAUCUCAACACACAAUCUUCAAUCAGGAAUUUAUCGACCUUACUUGUGCUUUUUAUAUGAGAUAUACUUUAAUCGAUUUUGUAAGCCACAAACUUCCAUGAAACACUUGUGUUGUUAUCAAAGUCAGCCAUCUGGACUUUUAGUAUUGAAGUGCAUUUUUGCAUUUGUUGGGCAGUGUUCGGCAGUGAAAUCGGACAAUUACUGGGAUUUCGUAGCAUCGUAUUCGUUAUCAAGCGUGACGCAAGCUCUUAUCCACUCUACGCUCAAGCUUAUGUCGCCUUUUGCUUUUCUUCUCAUUAACGACAUUUGCAACUCAAAAUUAAUGCACAAAAAUGGACGUCGAGAACAAAACUAUAGGAUUAAAUACGAUUGAUGUGACAAUUAAUUUGGACGUCAGACAGUACUUUCUACCGAUUUUCACGUGUCUGGGUCUGCUGGGCAACUGUCUGUCCGUGUAUGUGCUUUUGCGCCCGGAGCUUCGUUGCACUUCUAUCAGCAUCUACAUGGGUGCAUUAGCGAUAAACGACACUGGUGUUCUGAUAAUUCUUCUCAUAGCUUGGCUCAAUGUAAUGUACAUAACCGAUCCGAUUUAUUGGUUCUAUUUGUUGAGCUUCCAAGUCUUUUUUGUCUUUCUGAGCGUGUGGUUUACAGCGGCUUUUACCGUUCAGCGAUAUAUAGCGACAAAGUGGCCACUUCGUUAUCAAUCCUUGUGCACAAUGUAUCGAGCGAAGAUCGUGAUUAUUGUGCUAAUUGGAUUAGCGAUUUCAUACACCAUCUCGUGGUUUUCAUUCUUCUCUUCUAUUGACAUUGACGUUUACGCGCAAGAAAAUGAUACGAUAUAUAAGAUCGUCUAUACGGCGAACAAGAAUGCAGAGAACUUGUUGUUACGGGAAUUGAUUUUAAGAAUCACUGAUAUUAUCACACACAUAUUGUUCGCUCUGCCUUUAAUCAUAAUAAUUAUCUUCAGUACUCUAAUAAUGCGUAACGUCUACAAGCAAAAUAAUGUCCGCAGGAUCUUGAUUAAAACAUCCGAUGAGAAGACUCACAUUUUUAGCAAUAAAAUGCAGAUUAAAAUCUCAGAAAUGUUUAUUAUCGUUUCUACCGUACUCAUGAGCUUGAAACCUAUUUACAUCUGCUCGUUCAUUGGCAAUUAUUACAUUCAGAAUAAAACACCGCUAUGGUUUGAUUUGACGUCACAAAUAGACGAUUUGUUAUUUCUCAUAAAUCACGGAAUAAGCUUUCUUUAUUUUGUGAAUAGACAAAAAUUUCGCAAAGAGGUAAUCCGCAUGCUUACGAAGAUACUUGGGAGAAUAAAAAUAUCAUGGAAAUAAACAAUUAUGAGUGACAGUAUGACUGGUGAACAAUCAAAUGCUAAUUAGUUUCAGAAAAUGACCAAAUGCAGUUCGACAAAUGACGAUGCACGAUAGAAGGUUCCGAAGAAACGCUGAAGUUCUUGAUACACGAGAAAUUAUACAAGUAUAAAAGGUAUUAAAAAUAACAAACAAAAGAAGAUGUAUAAUGCAAUGUACAGAGAAAAUUAUAAGAAUUGUAAUUUCCUCAGUUCUGUAUAGAUGGAAGCUGACUUAUGCAUUCGAAGAAAUGUUGAUUUAACAAUUAAAAUAGUUGAAUUGUUAUAUUAUGAAUCAUAAUACAAGGCCAACCUGUGAUUAUUAAAGAAAAAAAUUCAAAUUUUUUUUAAAAAAAAAAAGAA